AUGGCUUCUCUUCUCUUUCUUCCACUCAUUCUAUUAAUGAUGAUCCCUUCAACGAUCACUGCUCAAAACCCACCUUCUCCUGGCUACAACCCUAGUUCCCGAAUAAGUUCAGUUGGCUUUGAUCAAGCGUAUAGGAACCUUUGGGGUGCCCAGCAUCAAAGAGUAGAACAAGGCUCCGUAACGAUAUCGCUUGAUAGUAGCUCAGGUAGUGGUUAUAAGUCACUUCAUCCAUACCGAUCGGGAUACUUUGGUGCUGCCAUCAAGCUUCAACCUGGGUACACUGCCGGAGUGAUUACAUCUUUCUAUCUUUCGAAUAAUGAAGCCCAUCCAGGGGACCACGACGAAAUAGACAUUGAGUUCCUAGGAACAACUCCCGAUAAGCCAUACACUUUGCAGACAAAUGUCUAUAUAAGAGGAAGCGGGGAUAGAAACAAUAUUAUCGGAAGAGAGAUGAAGUUUCAUCUUUGGUUCGAUCCUACACAAGAUUUUCAUAAUUAUGCCGCUCUAUGGACACCAAGUGAGAUCAUAUUUUUGGUAGAUGAUGUUCCCAUAAGAAGGUAUCCAAGAAAGAGUGAUGCAACCUUUCCCUCAAGGCCAAUGUGGGUAUAUGGCUCAAUCUGGGAUGCAUCAUCGUGGGCCACCGAGGAUGGAAAAUACAAAGCCGACUACAGUUACCAACCCUUCAUUGGCAGGUACAAAAAUUUCAAAAUCGGUGGGUGCACUGCCGAUGGGCCCUCCUCGUGCCGGCCACCGUCCGUUGCUCCAUCCGGUUCCGGUGGCUUGAGCCAACAGCAACACUCGGUAAUGGAAUGGGUGCAGAGGAACUACUUGGUUUAUGACUAUUGCAGGGAUUCGAAGAGGGACCAUACCCAAACACCUGAGUGUUAA